GUCAAAUUGCUUUUACGUCUAUAAGAAUUAAGAAAUGCCCCGCCAUUGUAAGCACCUACACACCCAAUAUGGAUCGCAUAGUAAUGUUUUCGCUGUCCUCUGUACUACUCAUAACGCUAUUGGGUGACGCCGCCAUCCACGGCUGCGACGCAGUCGAAUACACCGUCACCAACACGGCGGUGAACACCCCCGGCGGCGCCCUUUUCGACAGAGACAUCGGAGAAGAAUACACCAAACAGACUCUCGACUCAGCCACCAACUUCAUAUGGCGGGUCUUCCAGCAGAACUCCCCCGUUGACCGGAAAGGCGUCCAGAAGGUCAGCCUGUUCGUGGACGACGCGCUGGACAACGGGGUGGUGGCGUACGCGAGCAACAACGAGAUCCACGUCAGCGGCAGCUACAUCGGCGGGUACUCCGGCGACGUGAAGGGGGAGUUCACGGGGGUGCUGUACCACGAGAUGACUCACAUCUGGCAGUGGAACGGAAACGGCGCCGCUCCGGGGGGUUUGAUAGAAGGGGUGGCCGAUUUCGUGCGGCUGAGAGGCGGGUAUGUGCCGAGCCACUGGAAGAAGGCGGGGGAAGGUGCCCGGUGGGACGCCGGAUACGACGUGACGGCGCGGUUCCUGGAUUACUGCAGUGAUUUGAAGAGUGGGUUCGUGGCUGAACUCAAUGGGAAGAUGAAGGAUGGUUACAGUGACAGUUACUUCGUGGAUAUUGUGGGAAUAUCCGUUGACCAACUCUGGACGGAUUACAAGGCUAAAUAUAACACUGCUUGACUUGCACGGCUUAAAUUUAAGGAAAUUGGAUUUAGGAGUAAUUAUCAUUUUACUUCAAUAAGGGUAGAAGAAACGGUCCAAUCCAAUUGAUCGCUGGCUCAUCUCUCAUACAUUGUAAUAUUGUCAUAUUUAAACUUCUAUGAUUUGAGAGUAAGAUACUAAAGUUUGGUGCUUUGGUGCUCUUGUUUAGUGAAAAGUAUACUAUCGUAUUACUUUGAAUGUGAUUUUACUCCCAUUUCAAGUGUUUUCCUUUUCAAAUUACUCCCUCCGUUCCAUUGAACUUUGCCAAUUUUUCUUUUUUGGUUGUUCCAAAAAACUUUACCAUUUUUUUAAUAAAGAAACUAAUUUGUGUU